AUGUCCGAUAGCACCGUUUCAAAUAAUACUAGCUACUCAAAGCCCUUGGAAUUUUAUACUCACACAGUCACCUUCCUCGUGGAGGAUUGUCCAUUCCGGACUCCCAGGGAGCCGUUAGAGGCUGAGUCCACUGUCUUCAGGGACACGUUUCUACUCCCCCAAGGUGAAUCAAAGAGAGUUUACGGUCGGAGUCCCGUUGUCCUGCGGGGCGUUUCCAAGAAGGAAUUUGAAAGCUUACUACGGGCCCUCAUGUACAGACGACAUGGAACAAACAAGGGCUCGGAUUUGGACUACGACCAAUGGAUGUCAGUCCUCAAGUUAUCGACGACGUGGGAGUUCACUGGGUUGCGUAACGCCGCCAUCGAAUACUUGGAUUGUCCUCUCCGGCCUCUUGACCCCAUAACCAAAGUGGAAUUGGCUUUACAAUACAAUAUCCAAGAGUGGUUACUCUCGGCUCUGCUGGUGCUCGCGCGAAGAUCCGCUCCGAUCAGCAUAGAGGAAGGGCGUCGUAUUGGUUUCGAAAACGCACUGAAGUUGGCUUCGGUGAGGGAGAAACUUCGGCUGGAGACGGCCGUGGAAGAAUUCCCAUACAUCUACCACGACGGUGGCUCGACUCGGCAUGCCAUUCAUCAAUGCAACAUUGGAUACGUUGCCCUCGGUGAUAGGGACAAAGACGCUGAAAACCUUGACUACACUCCAUUUAUACGCAAAGUUUUCGGUCUAUAG